AUGCGGAGCUAUGGAGAGGAAUUAUCUCAAGAAAGGGUUGUUCAAAAGUUGUUAAUUAGUUUGCCAUCAGCUUAUGACUUCAUUUGUUCUGUUAUUGAGCAUUCGAAGGAUUUGGAUGUGAUUAAGGUACAAGAAGUGGUAGCCUCUUUGAAAAGUUUUGAGCUAAGGCUAGAUAGGCAUUCUGAAAACAAAACUAAGAGUGCAUUUGCUAGUCUUAGUGAGAAUCCCAAACCAGUUAAGUUCACUGGAAAUCAAAAUGCUAAGCACCAGAAGAAUUGGAAGGCAAAAGGUAAAAAGUGGGAUAGCAGCUCCACUGAUGGUGCUAGAAAUCCUUGCAAGCACUAUGAAAAAUUGCAUUUUGGUAGGGAGGAUCUACAUGAUGAUAUUGACAAGAAUGUGACUGCAAAGGUUGAAAUGGGUACUGGACAACUUGUUGAAGUGACUGGUAAAAGGAAUCUUGUGGUUGAAACCAAAAUAGGCAAGCAAUACAUCAAGGAGGUUAUGCUUGUGCUUGGACUGAAAGAAAAUUUGUUCAGUGUGGGUCAAACGAUGGAGCAUGGCUACUACUUGGUGUUUGGAGAUCAUAAGGUGGAAAUCUAUUAUGACAGCUCAUAUUCCAACAUGGUUGCAAGAGUACAAAUGAGAGGAAAUCGAAGUUUUCCAAUGAAGUUGCAGUCUGGAAUACACAUUGCCUACAAGGCGAAUGUAUACCACUCUACUACUAUGUGGCACAGAAGAUUGGGACACUUGAACAUGAGCAGUUUGAAGUUGAUGCAGGAGCAAGAAAUGGUGGUAGAAUUACCAGAAAUCAAAGCAGUUAAAGGAGUGUGUGAAGGUUGUGUUCUAGGUAAACAAUGCAGGGAGGCAUUUCCAAGGGAAGCUACUACUAGAGCUUCAACUCCUCUAGAGCUUAUACACAGUGACAUUUAUGGUCCAAUGCAGACAACUACAAAGGCUGGGAAUCGAUAUUUUCUCACUUUCAUAGAUGACUACACAGGGAUGUGUUGGGUCUAUUUUUUAAGACACAAGUCUGAAGUUCUUAGUGUGUUUAAAAGAUUCAAAGCUAUUGUGGGGUUGCAGAGUGGUUAUAAGCUGAAGAAGCUUAUAAGUGAGCGAGGAGGAGAGUACACUUCAGUGAAGUUUGACAGAUUCUAUGAAGAUGUAGGCAUGGAAAGACAACUCACCACUCCAUACACACCUCAGCAAAAUGGUGUGGCAGAGAGAAAGAACAGAACUAUUGUGGAAAUGCCUAAGUGUCUUAUGUUAAAGAAGAAAUUCCACUUGAAUUUUGGGCUAAGGCAGUCAAUACCUCUAUAUGCAUGUUGGGAUUGGAAUGCACAGAAGGAAAGAAGUGUGAGUAUUCAGAUUACUGAAGUAUUAGAAGGAGAACAAGGGCAUGAAGGAAGUUCUUGUGAUUCUGAAGCACAAUGUGAAGUAAGUGAAGUGCCCAGCUCAAGCACUGAAAUCUGUGAUCAAGAAAGGAUGACAGGUCCACAGGAUAUUGAUCACACUCCUCUCAAGUACAAAAGUAUUGCAGAAGUGUAUGAGAAGUGCAAUCUGUGCAUUAUAGAACCAGAAAAUUUUGUAGAAGCUGCCAAGGAUGAAUCUUGGAGAUCAACCAUCUGGUUUUGUGAUACAAGCAAAGAAGAUAAAGUGUAUAGGCUUAAGAAAGCUUUAUACGGUCUGAAGCAAGCUCCAAGAGCUUGGUAUGAAGAAAUAAACUCUUACUUUACAAAGGCUGGUUUUCAUAGAAGUCCAAGUGAAGCUACACUGUAUACCAAGACAUCUCACAAUGGCAUUCUUAUUGUGUCACUAUAUGUAGAUGACAUUGUCUACAUAAGAAGCUCGAAGGAAAUGAUGACUGAGUUUAAGAAUGAGAUGAUGAGACAAUAUGUGAUGACUAAUCUAGGGUUGCUUCACCAUUUUCUUGGCCUUGGAGUAUUGCAAACAUAUACUUGUAUUUUCUUGCAUCAAAAGAAGUAUGCAAAGACUUUACUUGAAAAAUUUGGGCUCAAGGAUUGUAAAUCUAUUGCAACACCAUUAGCUGUGAAUAAGAAGCUUUCAAGAAUAGAUGGAAGUGAUCUGGCAGAUGAGACUUUGUAUAGGCAAAUGGUGGGGAGUUUGCUAUAUUUAACUGCAACUAGGCCAUAUAUCAUGUUUGCAGCAAGCUUAUUGGCUAGGUUCAUGCAUAAUCCUACCAAGAAGCAUAUGGGGACAACUAAAAGAGUUCUGAGAUACAUACAAGGCACUGUGAAUUAUGGUAUUGCCUAUGAGGAAGGUAAAGGUGCAGUGUUGAUUGGUUAUUGUGAUAGUGACUGGAGUGGAAGUGAAGAUGACAUGAGAAACACAUCAGAAUACAUCAGUGCAGCAGAAGCCACUGCACAAGCCAUUUGGCUGAGAUUUGUGCUCUCUGAUUUUGGAGAAGAGCAAGCAGAACCAACUCAGCUGCUGUGUGAUAACACUUCAGCCAUUCCCAUAUCAAAGAAUCCAGUUCAUCAUCACAAAACCAGACAUAUCAAUCGAAGAUUUCAUUUCAUCCGAGAUGCACUUCAAGACGGCGAGAUUGAUCUUCUAUACUGCAAAAGUAAAGAACAGAUUGCAGGCAUCUUCAUCAAAGCUUUAGCAAGGGAUCAAUUUGAAUUCCUGAGGAAAGCUCUAGGAGUAAUUUCAACGCAACACUUAGAAGGGAGUCCCUUGGAUUAUAGUCCAGGUGUGCAGCUAAGAUGUAAUCUUAGAAUGAAUGGAUGGCUAGAUUUGAAUGAUGUAAUGAGGGAAUAUGCUAUUCCCAACGGUUUCAUAUGCACAGAGUGCGUAUUUGGGGCUGGAAACUGGUAUAGAUGUGUAGAGGAAGUGAAAGACGAAGAGAAUGGGACCAAUUUCGCGGCCGGAGACCAUCGGACGUGGCCGGAAUCGUCAUCGCAAGCCACAGAGGUCGUGUCUGUUUUUUGA